UCCGGACGGCUCGCCCUGCCCAUCGCGGGGGCUAAUACAGACUGCAGCCCCUUCUGUGCGCUCCGAAUCAGGAGGCCCUGCCCGUCUGCCCGCCCCUCUUCCAGAUACGCCUGCGAGGACGGCUCGUUUCGUCACGGAGUAGGAAUAGAUUGACCUCCUUGGGACUGCAGGCUCGUUCCUCUCUCCUGAGACCCACCUGCCAGGUGUGAGAAACCUGAUCUGCAAGAAUGGGUGAACCUCAGCAAGUGAGUGCCCUCCCUCCACCUCCAAUGCAAUAUAUUAAAGAAUAUACUGAUGAAAAUAUUCGGAAAGGCUUGGCCCCUAAGCCUCCACCACCUAUCAAAGACAGCUAUAUGAUGUUUGGAAACCAGUUUCAAUGUGAUGACCUAAUUAUUCGGCCAUUGGAAAGCCAAGGCAUUGAGCGAUUGCAUCCUAUGCAGUUUGACCAUAAGAAAGAACUAAGAAAACUAAACAUGUCUAUCUUGAUUAACUUCUUGGACCUCUUGGAUAUAUUGAUAAGAAGUCCAGGCCACAUAAGACGAGAAGAGAAGCUGGAAGACCUAAAACUCUUGUUUGUUCACGUGCAUCAUCUGAUCAAUGAAUAUCGGCCCCACCAAGCCAGAGAGACACUGAGAGUCAUGAUGGAAGUACAGAAACGUCAACGUCUGGAAACUGCUGAGAGAUUCCAGAAGCACUUGGAGCGAGUUAUUGAGAUGAUACAGAACUGUCUGGCCUCUCUGCCUGAUGAUUUACCUCACUCAGAUAGAGGGAUGAGAAUAACACCUGAACCAAUGGAUCCUGAAGACAGCAUAACUUGCAUUGGACAAAAUGAGCAGCAGAGAGUGAGCUCUGGCAUCAAGAAGGAUCAAGUUUUGGAUAAAGAUGCUAAUAUGUGUGGCAUUAUUGAUGAAAUGACAUAACAAAGAACCUUGUGAGAUUCUCUUUGUGUUAUUGUAAUACAGUUCUUGAGAGAAAAAAUGAAACUGGUAAAAAGUUGGUAGAAUUUGAGGUGUUUCUUAAAUGACACCUCUUGAUAGUGAUGCUUAAACAGUCAUGAAAUGCAGGCUGUAAAAGACAUAAAUUCUGAUGGUUUAUUUUUUGUAGUUUUUCCAAUAUGCACUAAUUUUGUAGAAAUUGUAGAUGUUUAUGUUAAAGAAAAGUAAACAUGAGAUGCAGCUUUAUGAGUAUAGAAAACAUAUUUGUAAUUGGACACCAGCCAAAUUCCACUGUUACCCAUUUUAUUAAUGUAUCUGAGAAGUUCUUUGAAAACUUUGAACAUAUCCUGUUGGUUAAUUGUUUCAGGCAAAUGAAAAGAAAUACAGUACUGAAAAAGUGCUAUGUAUAUUGAAUAGAGGUAAACACAGAGUCCAAGCAUUUAUGUGUGUGAAAUGAGUGCUUGUAUUGCCCAGGUUCUACCAGAAGAAUGGCAAGGAGGUGACUGAGGUUCAGUAAGUAGUUCAUUGACUUUUCCCAGUGCCUAAAAAUCACAAUAGUUUCUUGAAAGAAUGCCAAAGCCUCGUGCGUUUCAGCUUCUUAAGAACACCAGGGAUAAUAACCUUGAAAUUGCCUUUCCAGAUAAUUCUGUCAUUAAAAUUCACCUUUACAGUGAGAAGAACACUGUUUACCUUACUGAAACAGCUUCAUUUGUAGACGGGGGGGGGGGGGGAGGUGUGCAUCCUGACAGAUUCUGCAGUAAAAGGAGAGAGGGACCAUAUAAAAUCCAUGGCAAGAGGUGUCUUUUGAUCUCAGCUUGAGGAAUUGAACUGAUGUGUCACUGAGGCACCUUCAGAGGUCCACAUAACAUUCUGGGCCAAUUAAGGGAACCAACAGGCCACCGAGAAGGUGCACUUUCCCCCCUUGUUUUAUUACCACCUGCAUCCAUAUUGCAUAACUGUAUUUAAUAAAGUGUAUUCUUGACAGA